AUGGAAGAUUUUGGGGUGAAGACUUUAUCAGAAACUAUCGGCACAUUGAUUAGGUUACGGUAUUUGGGAUUGAGGAACAACUACAUACAAGAGAUCCCACACUCCUUUAGGGGCUUGGAAAAGCUUGAGGUUCUCGAUAUAGCUCAAAACUUUAUGGUGGAGUUGCCGGAUAUCAUCAAUGAAAUGAGUAGCCUUCGUUAUCUCUACAUGUCUGAUGUGAUUCACCGAAAGCCUUUGAAGGUAGACGUGCUACAGAAUCUUGAGCGCUUAAGCUACAUCUCGAUUUAUGAUUGGAGAUAUGAGGUCUCGAGCUUGGAGAAGAUGUCUAGUCUUUUUGAAUUGGAUAUUGAAGAAGUUGAUGAAAACUCAGAUGUCAACAAGCUCUUUGCAUCAGUUGCUAUGUUUGAGCGCUUGGUAACCUCCGUGAACUCGAACUCUAGGCUACCAAGUGCCAUUAAUACUUGUCUUGAAGAAGACCCAAUGCUAGUAUUGCAGGGAAUUCCUAGUUUAUCAACGAUCAGAAUGCGAAAUGCAUACAUUGGUCGACAAAUGGUGUUCGGGAAGGACAGCUUUUCUGAGCUCUGUGUCCUGUGCAUCAAUGAGAUGUGGAAUUUGAGUGAUAUUCGGUUCAAUGGAGCAACAUCUUUGAAAGAACUAGAAAUCAAGAAUUGUCCCUUCUUGUACACCCUCCCGAAAGAGAUUGAGUCGAUGCUUUUGCUGAAGAAGUUAAAGAUAGUAACAACUAAUCGCAUUGCAAAAGAGAUGAGGAAGUCGAGCCUGUUCUCUAAUAUACUGGAAGUGGAUAUAAGUCCAUAA